CUUGUAUUUAAGGUAUUACAUUUAGUAAAAAGUGAAUUUAGCUGUUGCCGCAAACUUUUGAUUUUGAGGAGUUUCAAAUUUUAACCUUGCAAAUUGGAAAUAAUUUUGUCCCCUUAUUGUUCAAAAUAUUAAAAUAAAAUGGCCGAGAAUCCGUUAGAAAGUUUAGCAAACGGUCUGAAAUUAUUGCAAACAUUACGUGCGCAAGUUAAUAGUUUCUCAGAAUUAGUGUUCAAGGGACCAGCAAAUGUCGAAGAUGAUUCGGAAUUUAAAUUUUUGUUUGAGGAAGAAUCAGAAGAAGACUUUAUGUCAGAAUUGCGGAAGAAUCUUUCAGAAUCUAGCCAAAUUGUCACGGAAUUUGAAAAAAUAGUGUGUUCAUUACCGGCUUCAUCACUGCCCACGAAUCCUGGCCCCACAUCGCUACUCGGCAUCGACCCCCUGCUAGACAAAACUCCCAUUCCGCAACAAGCUAUCCCGACUUAUAAAUGGCUUUCAAAGAUGCAUGAUGAAGCUUCAUUAAUGGCUAAUCUUUCAAGCUCAAAUCUGGUUCGAAGAAAUCCUCUUACUUCAUUGGUCCCAUCGAAAAAACCCAAAAAAGGGAACGUGAUUGGCUAUCAAGUUCUCCCAUCAGGUUUAGAAAACUUGAUCAGUCAGUUGGCGGGUUACUUCCAAGACCUUUCGAUCACCGUUGUGAAAGUAAAUGGACCCCAAAUCAAUCCAUGUAUUCUCGAGGUCGGGGUCACACAGGUCAUGAAGGCUCUCUUAUUAAUGAGAGGUUAUGUGAUUGAAAAUGUCUCUGUGAAGGCUGCCAAUGAGUCAUUCAAAGUUUCUGAAUCUGCUAAGUUGGAUUUCAAUUACCUAUCAAAACAUGAAGUCUUCAGGAAGAUAAGUCAGCAUGCAAAAUGUGCAAUAGUCUCCUACCAGUCAUCGUCCUUAUCUCCAGACAUCUGUCUCCGGCAAAUGCUUUUCUGGUUUCAGAGUUACAAGAGCCUCUUCACAUCACCGUGUAGUAAGUGCAACAAAAUUCUAGUGGACUUCUUGCCACCAACCAUGCGAGAUUUAAGGAUUUACGAGCCUCUGCACGUCUUCUGCUCCAAAAUAUAGCCAUUAUUAUGCCAAAUUAUAUUUAAUUGUUGUUAUAAUUAUUGUACUAUAUUUAAAAUUGUACUACUAUAUUAGGAAUUUAUUUUGGUCAUCAUCGUCUCAGGUUGUAGCUUGUAUAUAUGUAAUUUAUUAUUAUUUUUACUAUUUAUUAUUAUUAUUGUUGUUGUUAUUAUUAUUAUUUCUAUUAUUUAUUAUUAUUAUUAUUAUCACUGCAAAAGUCCACGUCAGCAAGUGCAACAGAAUUCAAAUGGACUUCACAUGAAAGUUACCAUAGCCCAUUAUUUUUAUGACAGGAAUUAUUUUAUUUGUUUGGUAGUGAUUUAAUAUGGUUCCAUCUUGACGCAGUUGUUUCAGUUAAUUAGUUAUUUAUGAUAUAAUUAAUAAUAACUGUCGUUAUUUGUAUCGUUGAAUGUUUCUAGAUCGCUUUAUUUCAUUUGAAACUCUUGCAAACUGCGUUAAAGUUACAUUGGUGUUAAUAAUUGAAACGAAAAUUGCGUCGUUGGUUUUGCUCUGAUUGUUGUAUUAUAAUUAAGCUUCGUUAUAAUUAAAUCAUUUAUUAAAAUUUAUACGGUGCCAUUUUUGUAGCAUUACUGCGUGUUUCCUUCUAAACAUCUAAAGAAUCAUGCCAAAACACAUACACGUUGCAUUGGGAGCUACUUACAAAAUAGUCUGGAUUAGCUUUGCGUUUGAAGCCAGUCGCAGUGUAUAGACUCAUCACGAAGGUGGUUCUUGACGACUAAUAUACGACUUUUGUUCUUGUGUUCAAUUCAUUAUAAUGUAAUUAUAACAAUGAUAAUUAUGACGAUAGAGGACAAACAAUUUAUGGUAUGCAACCAGACAUCAACAAACAUCGGGAUUUUCUACGCGUUCCCUAUACUGACAUCAUAUGUAAAAUAAGUUUCAUGCAGACUGGUCU